GCGUUGCAGCUACAGCCGCGGUGGGCCAAGGCGUACUCUCGCAUUGCAGUGGCACAUUAUGGGAUGAAACGGCAUCGGCAUCAUACGAGAAGGGGCUUUAAGUGUGAUUCUCACAGCACUGUGUGCAAGCAAGGGCUGCAACAGGUGACCAGUCGUCAGAAACGAGACGAGUUUCAGGCGAUUGAGUCGAGUUUUGAGGCACCUCAAAACAU